AUGCGCUUCAACUCCGUCGCCGCCGCCGCCGCCCUCGCAUUCUUCGUCCCCUCCGUGCUCGGUGUGACCCUCUCCUACGAUGAGGCGUACGACAACGGCUCCGCGGACCUCUCGACCGUCGCGUGCUCCGACGGCGCGAACGGGAUGCUCACCAAGGGCUUCACCACGUUCAGCUCCCUCCCGCACUUCCCCAACAUCGGCGGCGCGGCCGCGAUCGCGGGCUGGAACGACACCGACUGCGGCUCGUGCUGGCAGCUGACGUACAAGGGCAAGAGCAUCAACGCGGCGAUGAACACGCUCACCAACGGCCAGGCGGUGCAGCUCGGGCGGAUCGAUGUGACCGCGAAGCAGGUCGCCGCAUCCUCGUGUGGGCUAUAA